CGGCGAUAAAGUACCUUUAACAAAAACAAAGAACAAGACUUAAAUGAUUUAUUAAAGUCACCAACCAGGCUAAACUCAUCUUAUUUUACAAUAUUACAGCAUAUGGUAUCAUUGUGCAUUGCUGUGUGUAACCUCAUGAGUUAAAGAGGAUUUUUAUAUUAUGACAACUUAUACACAAAGUAGCAUUGGAUCAGUAGGUUCUACAAAUGCAAAAAACGUGAGAGCAAAUGAUGCUAGCUUUAAUGAAAAAUUGCAAGAUUUAGAAAAUCAGUAUGUAAUUAAUAAUAUGUCUCCUCAUUCAAUUCAAAAGACACAGAAUCCCAUUCCAUUAGUCUUGAAAACAGAUUCCAUCAAACAAAUGGAGCUACUUCGUGGACAGAUUAAUUCAAUUUUGUGCUCUUCAAAUGCAGAUUAUUUGAGAGAAGAUCUGAAUAUAUCUAACGCAUCCAGCACUGAUACAGUGACUUUACUAAGAGGGCAUGACUUGAAUGAACUUCCGUUUGAUGAGCGUGUUUUAAUGUCAUCACUGAAUAGUACUGCUCUUGCAAAAACAUCAGAACAAAUCACUCAAGCUUAUGUUGAUACGUCAUUGGUUGCAGAAAAUACCAUUCUCAAAGAAAGUAAUCGCAGAGAAAGAGCAAGGAGAAAGUAUCAUGAAGAACAGACAAGCGAGCUUCAAGCCAAGCUUUUACAAUGUCAAGACCAGUUAGCUGUUGCUCUCUCGACUGAACGAAAGAAAACAAUAAUGAUUGAACAGUUAGACAAGAACCUUGCAAUUGUUGUUAAUGAUUGGAAGAAGCAAGAAGAAGAGAGAAUCGAUGCCAUUUUUAAAUUAACUCGUGAGAAGGAGAUACUUUUAUCAAGUCAACAAAAGCAAGAUCAAAUGUUAAAAAGGUUUGAAAAGGAUCUUGCAGAUGCUUUACAAGCUUACUCAAAUGAACAAGAAAAAAUUCAAGAACUUAAUUCUCAUCACAAGAGUCAGAUCGACUUUCUUGAAAAAGAAAAGUUUACUAUAAGUAAACACUUUGCUGAUUUGCAAACUUCUAAUUUAAAUCUAAAGGAAAUAAACGAAAAAAAUGAAAAAGUUAUAUCAGAAUUUGAAAAUAAACAGCAUGUUCAAAAAAUGGAAAAAGAAAGACUCGAAAAAGUAAAUAAUCAUCUGAAUGAGCAAAUUAAAUUAAUAUCUAAGAGUUAUGAAGAGCAAAUUGAUUUAGUACAAAAAGCUGUGGACGAUGCUCAGAAUGAAUCACAAGAUUUACUGAAAAAAAACUUAUCUUUAUCUCACACUGUGCAACAACUAAUGAGUGAAAAAGAAUCGUUGAACAAAGAAAAGGAUUCAUUACUUACAGAAAUAAAAUUACUUCAAACAAAGUUUGAUGUCUUAAAAACUAAACAAGAUUCAGAAAUUAAAACGAAACUUGAAGAAGAGUUUAAUCAGAAGAUAUAUGAGAUUCAACAUCAGAUUAUGACUACUGAAAGUGACCUACGUAACUCUGAAAAGAAACGAUUGAAUGAACUGACAGCAAAACACAAGGAUGAAGUGUUGCAGAUAAGUUUAACUUACAAAAAGGAGAUACAGCUAGCAAAGGAUACUAUUUUAAAAAUUCAAUCACAGUAUGAAGAGAGGCUGCAAGAUUUAGAAAAGAUGGUAGUAGAUUUAAAUAUUCAGAACAAGUUUUAUAAAUCCAAAAUUAAAGAUUUGAUUUCGUGUUUGAAUGCGGUGAAGAGACAUACAACGUCAAUCAUUCUUGCUGAGGAUGAACAGCUUAUGGCUGAUAAUGGAGCUCAAGAAUAUACUGAUCAGCUUUCUUCCACAUUGCGUAGUGAUUCUCAACUCCACUUACCUCUUAAAGCAAGUAACAAUGAGUAUUUAAAUUUUAGAGAGAAUGAAAGCCAAAAUGAGCUUAGAUCACAGGUUACUAAAUACUUUGAAAAUAAAGAUAAUAAUGAAAACUCAAGCAGCAUGCAGUGCCAAAAAAGUCCUGUUUCAAGCCUCCAAAGAUCAUCAGAUCUUACAAACAGAAGAUCUCCACAGUAUUUCAAUAGUAAAUUUUUUUCAUUGCAUGCUGAAAAUGGUAGACCUAAUACAGAAACUUUUACAUCACAUAUAGAAAAAGCAGAUUGCAUACAAAAACAAGCAGAUAUCGUAAGUUAUAAUGAGCUUGCUAAACAUAAUUUGGGGAAUCACAAUUUAACUGUUAAAGAAAUAGUUGACCAACGAAGUUUACAUGAUGCAAUGUUAGAUACUCGUCCAUCGCGUGAUAUUUUGAUUCAGACACAGCAUUGUAAUGAAGAGGAUGCUUUGAAUGGUGCUAGCCAAGAAAAUCUUAAACUGGUAACAGGUUUACAGAAUAGUUCACAGCCUUUAAAAACUAAAGAAGAAAGAGAAAGAGAGGAGCAGCUUAAUCAUUUUAUUCAAAAGCUUUUACAGAGUUCACCAAGUCACAUAUCUGGAAGAAUUGAACAAGAAAAAAAUUUGUUGAAUCUUAUUUCGGAUCAAGUUGAUCAUUUAAUGAAUGAAACUCAGCGAACAAAGGAAAUCAAUAGUUUGCCCAUAAAAAAUGCGUUGACUUAUCGAGAACAAAAACAUGAAAAAAGGAAAGAUGAAGGUUUUGAGAACACUAAAAAAGUCAAAGAUUAUUUGAAUGCAGUAGAUUCAUCCAACAAACAAGUGAUACAUUUAAUAAAAAAUGUAGACAUCAUAGAAGACAUUGAUCAAAACAAAUUAUUUAAGAAAUUUCAAGAUUCCAAAAUGACACACAAAAAAGGUAGAGAAACAAGACUUAGUAAAGAAAAACAAAAGACCGUAAAAGAUAAACAAAAAACGAAACUAAAAUUGAAAGAGUCAGAUACAACACAACACACAACAGCAAAAGAUGACACAAAGUAUUUAAAAAAAGAUAGUAAAAGAUCAAUUACACCUAUUUGGAAAUGAGCCGAUUUGAUAAAUUUGGAAUAAAAAGAACAAUUAACUUAAAGAAAAGUGUUGACCUUGUAUUUUUAUCGAUUAAGUUUUGUAUUGGAA